AUGGUCCAGCUGGGGAAGCUGCUCCGCGUCCUGACUUUGAUGAAGUUCCCCUGCUGCGUGCUGGAGGUGCUCCUGUGCGCGCUGGCGGCGGCGGCGCGCGGCCAGGAGAUGUACGCCCCGCACUCUAUCCGGAUCGAGGGGGACGUCACCCUCGGGGGGCUGUUCCCGGUGCAUGCCAAGGGUCCUAGCGGAGUGCCCUGCGGCGACAUCAAGAGGGAGAACGGGAUCCACAGGCUGGAAGCGAUGCUCUACGCCCUGGACCAGAUCAACAGCGAUCCCAACCUGCUGCCCAACGUGACGCUGGGCGCGCGGAUCCUGGACACUUGUUCCAGGGACACUUACGCGCUCGAACAGUCGCUCACUUUCGUCCAGGCGCUCAUCCAGAAGGACACCUCCGACGUGCGCUGCACCAACGGCGAGCCUCCGGUUUUCGUCAAGCCGGAGAAAGUAGUUGGAGUGAUUGGGGCUUCAGGGAGUUCGGUCUCCAUCAUGGUAGCCAACAUCCUGAGGCUCUUCCAGAUCCCCCAGAUCAGUUACGCAUCAACGGCACCUGAGUUAAGUGAUGACAGGCGCUACGACUUCUUCUCUCGUGUGGUCCCACCUGACUCCUUCCAAGCUCAGGCUAUGGUGGACAUUGUAAAGGCCCUAGGCUGGAAUUAUGUGUCUACCCUUGCAUCUGAAGGAAGUUACGGAGAGAAAGGUGUGGAAUCCUUCACGCAGAUUUCCAAAGAGGCAGGUGGGCUCUGCAUUGCACAGUCUGUGAGAAUCCCCCAAGAGCGCAAAGACAGAACCAUUGACUUUGAUAGAAUUAUCAAACAGCUCCUGGACACCCCCAACUCCAGGGCCGUCGUGAUUUUUGCCAACGAUGAGGAUAUAAAGCAGAUCCUUGCAGCAGCCAAAAGAGCUGACCAAGUAGGCCAUUUUCUUUGGGUGGGAUCAGACAGCUGGGGUUCCAAAAUAAACCCACUGCACCAGCAUGAAGAUAUUGCAGAAGGAGCCAUCACCAUUCAGCCCAAGCGAGCAACAGUCGAAGGGUUUGAUGCCUAUUUUACGUCACGCACACUUGAAAACAACAGAAGAAACGUAUGGUUUGCUGAAUACUGGGAGGAAAACUUCAACUGCAAGUUGACAAUUAGUGGGUCAAAGAAAGAAGACACAGAUCGCAAAUGCACAGGACAGGAGAGAAUUGGGAAAGAUUCCAACUAUGAACAGGAGGGUAAAGUUCAGUUUGUGAUUGAUGCGGUCUAUGCAAUGGCUCAUGCCCUUCAUCAUAUGAACAAAGAUCUCUGUGCUGACUACCGAGGGGUCUGUCCGGAAAUGGAGCAAGCUGGGGGAAAGAAGUUGUUGAAGUAUAUCCGCAAUGUUAAUUUCAAUGGUAGUGCAGGCACCCCAGUAAUGUUUAACAAGAAUGGGGAUGCACCAGGGCGUUAUGACAUCUUUCAGUACCAGACAACAAACACCACCAACCCUGGUUACCGUCUGAUUGGACAGUGGACAGAUGAACUUCAGCUCAAUUGAAUAGAGGACAUGCAGUGGGGUAAAGGAGUCCGGGAGAUCCCCCCCUCAGUGUGCACACUGCCAUGCAAGCCUGGGCAAAGAAAGAAGACUCAGAAGGGAACUCCGUGCUGCUGGACCUGUGAGCCUUGUGAUGGCUACCAGUACCAGUUUGAUGAGAUGACAUGCCAACAUUGCCCCUACGACCAGAGGCCAAAUGAAAACCGAACCGGCUGCCAGGAUAUCCCCAUCAUCAAAUUAGAGUGGCAUUCCCCCUGGGCCGUCAUCCCUGUCUUCCUAGCAAUGUUGGGGAUCAUUGCCACCAUCUUUGUCAUGGCCACUUUCAUCCGGUACAAUGACACGCCCAUUGUCCGGGCAUCUGGGCGGGAACUGAGCUACGUUCUGUUGACUGGCAUCUUUCUUUGCUACAUUAUCACUUUCCUGAUGAUAGCCAAACCUGAUGUGGCCGUGUGUUCUUUCCGGAGAGUUUUCUUGGGCUUGGGUAUGUGCAUCAGUUAUGCAGCCCUCUUGACAAAAACCAAUCGGAUUUAUCGCAUAUUUGAGCAGGGCAAGAAAUCAGUGACAGCUCCCAGACUCAUAAGCCCAACAUCACAGCUGGCAAUCACUUCCAGUUUAAUAUCAGUUCAGCUUCUAGGAGUUUUCAUUUGGUUUGGUGUUGACCCACCCAACAUCAUCAUAGACUAUGAUGAACAUAAGACAAUGAACCCUGAGCAGGCCAGGGGAGUUCUCAAAUGUGACAUUACAGAUCUCCAAAUCAUUUGCUCCUUGGGAUAUAGCAUUCUUCUCAUGGUCACAUGUACUGUGUAUGCCAUCAAGACUCGGGGUGUCCCAGAGAAUUUUAAUGAAGCCAAACCCAUUGGAUUCACUAUGUACACGACAUGUAUAGUGUGGCUUGCCUUCAUUCCCAUUUUUUUUGGCACUGCUCAGUCAGCGGAAAAGCUCUACAUACAAACUACCACACUUACAAUCUCCAUGAACCUAAGUGCAUCAGUGGCGCUGGGGAUGCUAUACAUGCCGAAAGUGUACAUCAUCAUUUUCCACCCUGAACUCAAUGUCCAGAAACGGAAGCGAAGCUUCAAGGCGGUAGUCACAGCAGCCACCAUGUCUUCACGGCUGUCACACAAACCCAGUGACAGACCCAACGGGGAGGCAAAAACAGAACUCUGUGAAAACGUAGACCCAAACAACUGUAUACCACCAGUAAGAAAGAGUGUACAAAAGUCUGUUACUUGGUACACUAUCCCACCAACAGUAUAGCUUUUGCCUGCUUUCU